GCACGCGGACCAGUUUUCAAUUAAUGGUCGAACUCGAUGUUGUCAAAGGACUGUGUCGACCUCAUCUAGUGCAAUUUUCCCCCUCAAUUUUUCUCCUUUUUGUACAGCUUCUCAUGUAAUAGAUGGUAGUUGCUCUGUCCAGAUGGCUUCGGUACACUUUGUUGUACAUCCACUCCCUGGAACAGAGGAGGAGCUCAACGAUAGGUUGAGAGAACUUGCAGAGAAGAUCCGCUGCCAGCCAGCAGCAAGCAUUACUGGUGUGCCCCCUUUGAAGCACGAAGUCGUCAAGUCGGUGGUUGUGGGUCCACAUCAUUCAGCAUUUCUCCUUGAGGAUGGCCGAGUCUGUCGUCUUCACUUCCACAUCAACCCAGAUAAGAUUGAAACGGGUAAAGCUGAGCCAGUCAAAAGCUCGAAGACCAAGACAACAGCGCCCUCAAGCUCGCGGAACCUCUCCUCAACGACUCGAGCCCCGUCCAACCCGUGGCUGCUGAGCUCCGGGGAGCAACCGUCUAGUUCCUCCACAACAGCAAAAUGGAUCACCAGCAGUCGCAACACAACCAGCCGAAGCACGACCAGUGCAGCGUCGACAGCAUCGGCCACGUCGCGCAACCGCGGCCGCUUCAUCCGCACCCAGUCCCGGGGUCGCGGCGGGGUCAUCGUAGGGUCGCGACCCGUGGUCCCGGCGGCCGUCGUGCCUGAGGAGCUGGUGUCUCAAGCCCAGAUGGUCCUGCAGGGGAAGAGUCGAGGCGUGAUUAUCAGGGAGCUGCAGCGCACGAAUUUGGAUGUAAAUCUUGCCGUGAAUAACCUCUUGAGUCGCGAUGAUGAGGACGGCGAUGAUCAGGAAGAAGGAGACAGCUACAUCUCGGGAGGAGACGACUUGAUGUCUCUGUUGGACGGCGGUAUCCACUCUGAUCAUCCCAGCGUCAUCAUCGAUGCCGAUGCCAUGUUCUCUGAAGACUUCCUGGGUCUACACUCGUCACGAGCCAGGUCUAGAGCGUCGUCCAGCAGAGACCGCGACAGGGAUGCCAGCGAUCGCGACCCGCUACUCCGCGCCAGGGAUCGCCGUUGGUUGGACAGCGCCCUGCGUGACGCAGCCACCAGCGCGGGGAGCUACAAGACCAGCACGACAGACGCAGCAGCCGGGCAGGAAUCUAAGAAGGGGACGCCAGUACAGCACAGCCAGAGCCCACUGUCGGUCAGCGAGGAGCUGGAAUGGUGGCCAGAAAAGGGGGGAGACGGAUGUCGGUUCACCCACAUUGCCGCCAUGUACAGUGAGCUCCUUGCCGUUGGCGUGAACGGCCAACUCUACCAGUGGAAAUGGAACGACCCAGAGCCAUAUAGAAAACCAGAGAAUUUGAACCUGCAGCACCCUAAGGCAGCAACUCUAGGCUUACUAGGAGAAAAAGUGGUUCAGAUCACGGCUUGCUACGAGAAGGCCGUCCUAGUCACAGAAUCAGGAAAGAUUGCCACCCUGUUGGACGAGACCCUCUCCCCCAUCGCCUCCCGUCUGGAGCAUGCAGCUACCUACUUUAAUGAGUUCCACGGUGAGAGGAUCAACUCCGUCUACACCUGUCCUCUCUACACCUGUGCCUGGCUGGAGAACGGGAUGCUGUUCUGGUGGGGAGUUCUGCCCCUCUCAGUCAGGAAGAAGGUCUUAGAACGAGCCAGGGAGCGAUCGCGAGCCAAGAAACGAGAGGCUAGCAACCCCGGCAGCAUCACUGUAGGAGCACAGGUCUGCCUUCGCAGCUGCCCCAUGUACCACUCCGGUGCCCUGGCCUUCAACACGAAGAGCUACCCCCCAAAGGUGGGCCAGCUGCUAGACACGGCCUGGAACCUCUCCGACACUUGCCGCUUCCGAAUCCGUCACAACUCCCUGGAACGAUCGGACCAGAAGACAUCCUCAGAUGCUAAGGAGGACUCCAAGGCGGGUGACGGAAAGGGUGACAGUAAGGGCGACGGACGGGGUGAGAGCAAAGUGGAGGUGAAGGGUGAUAUGGGGCCGCCGCCGUCCCCUGGGUCGACCAGUAGUGGGGAGAUCAUCGUGGUGUCCAGCCCGGCUGCACAGAGACGAGGGACAAAGCGCCCUCUAUCGUCGCCAGUGAGAGAGGUUGAGAAGCCGGAUAUUGAAGUCUGGGCAUUGACCGAUGUCGUCUUUGUGGAGGACAUACGCUCUGUUCCCAUUGGUCGCGUUCUUAAGGUUGAUGGAGCGUACGUGGCCGUCAAGUUCCCAUCCUUGGAACCGGUUCCUGACAUUACCACUGACUGCGACGUGCCCUCUCUGCUUCAAGACUGUCGUCUGUUGCGCAAAGAUGAACUACAGAUCGUCAAGGGUGGUGUCGCCCCAAAAGUCCCGGACUGUUUCCAGCGUGCCCCUAAGAAACUGGCUCUGCCGGAGAAUGGAAAAAUUCUGGCAGUGUCUGUCGACUUCCAAGGAGUGCACGUCUUGGUCAACGUUCGUUCCAGUCUCCUCUACCAGCUGUAUGAGUUGAUGUCCAGCCGGCCGAGCCAGGAGAGCCCCUUCCCAACCAAGACGCGAUCCUUCCUUGGCAAAUCGCCCGAGACAAUACGCAUCCACACGGGCCGCGAGGAUUCGGUCACCCUCCUACAAGACGGCAACGGCGCCCUCUAUCCCCUUGCUAAGAACUCCCUCGGAGGGAUCCGGGACCCCAUCUGGUUUGACCUGCCGCCGGCCCGAUGUCUGGCCCUAGGCACCCACGCCCUCACCCACGGCAUAUUUGGCAGCAACGUCAAGACCAAAGCGGCCGUGUUGGUCCUUGCAAUCGAGACACAGGGCCUGAUGCCACACAUACUGAGAUGCGACUACGAAGCGGUGUCCCACUUCCUGAGCAACCUGGAGCUGGAGACUAAUGCGGUUGUCAAGGAGCAGAAAUUGAAAGCCGUUCUGGCGGAGCGUUGCGAUGGCAACCGCAACAUCUUCCACGCCUGCAUCAGUAACUGCAUGCCCAUAUCCAACUCGGAGUCCCCAGUCGCAGAUCCGCCGCCAACUUCCAGUAGUUUGUCUGCGGAGUCGUUGACUAGUAGAGCUCAGAUUAUUCGUAACGCCUUGCAUACUCUGAGUAAUGCCAUCGCUGGAGCCGCUAUGGCCAACUCAAGCUCAGCGGCGUCAAGGAGUAUCAACCUGAGAGAAUUGAUGGGUCGUGCAGCCAGCGCGGCUCGUACAGCCCGAGUCGCCGGCAGUGGACUAUCAGCCGAAGAUCUGAGAGACUCCUCACCCCCACCAACUCCAGGCAGUGCCAUCCCAACGCUGAGCUGGCCCCCGGAGCCGUCCGCACUCUAUGGAGAUCAAGAGGAGGACAACCUGAGCCUAGGCACCAGCGCUGCGGCCACGGCCGGCUCCACCAGCUCCCUGGCUAGCAACGCAUCUUCCCUGGCCUCCACCCUGCCGAUACCUCCCACCUACCCAACGGCCCGCCUCACCCCUGAGGAGAGGAAGAGGAACGCCCACAGCAUCCUACGUCAGCUGUGCUGUGCUCCGGCACUCACGCCUUGCAUCGUGGAGCUACUGUCUGCAGAGGAUGCCCGUGGUGACACCCCUUUCAUGGCCGCGGUGGCCUGCCAGGCCUACUCGGCAGCCCUCUCCAUCCUAGACGCCAUGGAGGAGAUCGCCCACAAACCCCGGAGCGCACCCCCCGCGGCCACCCCUGCACCCACCGCCUCUGCUCCCACCACCAAGCCAGGCAGUUCAGCCUCGGGCACGUCCCAGCAGCAACCGCGCUGCCCCCACCACCAGCAGGCCAAAGCCAAGCCUAGCGGAGCUAGUAGCUCCGGUACCUCCGGCCCCUCGGGUUCCUCCGGUACCGCUGGCCCUGCCGUCGCAGAGGAGUUCAACCGAGAGGUGUUUGAUCGGAUGUUCUACCCGCCUGGCAGUGAUCCUGACUCCUCACCACUCUACGUGUUGUGCUGUAACGACACUUGUAGCUUCACCUGGACUGGGACCGAGCAUAUCAACCAGGACAUUUUUGAAUGCCGCACCUGCGGUCUGACUGGUACCCUGUGUUGCUGCACUGAGUGUGCGCGGGUUUGCCAUAAGGGACACGACUGCAAACUGAAGCGCACGUCGCCCACUGCCUACUGCGACUGUUGGGAGAAGAGCGAGUGUAAGUCUCUGAUAGCCGGCCCCCUGCAGACCCGCACUGAGCUGCUGUAUCGCCUGGUGAACGAUACUCAUCUGGUGACUGUGCCCAACAACAAGGGAGAGAAUAUUCUCUUGUUCUUGGUUCAGUGUGUUGCCAGACAGACUGCAGAGCAGCGUCAGUAUGGCCCGUCUAGGAACAGACUCCCUAGGAAGAACAACGACUCAGACGCAGAAAUGCCAGACCACAACCUGGAGCCGCCGCGAUUCUGCCGCCAAGCCCUGGAGAACAUCUUGCAGAACUGGCAAGCCGUCCGCGCUAUGGUCAGGAGUGGCUGUAGGAGCGAUCUCGAUGCGAGCUGCGCCCCAGAUUGCGGCAACCAGCCCCACGAACCAAUGGCAGAGGAGGAGGUGUACCUGAACAGCCAAUCAGAGACCAUGCGGUUAGACUGGUUCACCCACACCCUAAUUGUCAAAUGCACGAGCACGGAUUUAGACACAUUACUGACUACACUGAUAAAAAAACUGACGACAACGACCAACGCGUCUCAGAAGUCGGAGGUCGUGGACGUGGUGAGUCGCUUCGUCCGCUCUGUUGCUCGCGUCUUUGUCGUGCUGACGGUGGAGAUGGCCCCAGGAAAAAAAUGUUCAGAGGCAGUGCUUCGCUGCAAGCGCGUCUUCCAGGCCCUCAUCCACCAGUCGGUCGGGGAGCUGUGCGAGAUCGCCGAGUCCCUCAUCGCGCCGGUCAGGAUGGGCAUCACGCGUCCCACGGCACCCUUCCCUCUCUUCAGCAGUCACGCAGACGCAGUACAGGGAAGUGAGGAGCUGUUCUUCUCAGAGCCACUUCCCCAUCAGAACAGCUCUCGCUCCGAGACGAUGGGCAGCAUGGGCUCGCGGCCCGUAGGGAGCCUCCGCCACCGUUCUGUCACCAGCCGGCUCGGAGAUGACGAGGAAGAACAAGAUAUUGGCGCUGAUGGAAUGGAGGUUGAUGCAGUGGAGGGUGAAGCUCUUGACGUGCCUCGCGAUCCUCACAAUCGUGACCCUGUAGAGGGCGACAAUCACCCUGAAGGGGAGCACAGGGACGACCAGAAUGAAGACGACGGUAACGAGAGCGACAUGGACUUGGAUCUCCUUGCCGAGAGCGAUAGUGAUAGCGACAGUAACCAUAGCAACCAGGAUCAGGAUGCGGCCAGCCAAGACCAAGACGCAACAAGCGGCCGACGCAGCGCUGUGACAGCCGCCACGGCAGGCUCUGAUGCAGGUGGAGGAUCAGUGGCUGUGUUCUACUCGGAAGAUGAGUCCUCGUCCAACCUCGACGAUGCGGAAGGCGAUGACGACGAUGACAGCGAGAAUGAGAUUGAAGAGGAAGAAGAAAUGGAAGACCCCUCGUCCUUCGGCACGGACACCUUGGAUAGGCCGGGCAACAGCAGCCGACAGGGCGGGUCCCGGACUACCCAGCCCCAGCACCCAAUGCAGUGGGCAUUCCGGAAUCAGACUGCUAGGAGUAGCGAGACCAGUACAGCAACUCCGGCAGCUACCUCCAACACUCGAGGCCUGAUCUACAUUGAUGCCUCCAGUCAACGUCGCAUGGCCAUCAGCGCCGCGAGCGCCCUAGCCAACAGCAGCAGCACUGCUUCCAGUAAUGAAACAGCGCCCUCUACCACGGCCAGCCGCCUAGCCCGAGCCUACGGGAUCGUGGUGCGUCAGAUCACAGAGCUGCUAACCAUGCUGUUGAUAUACCACGGCCCGGACAGCCUGCGGGAGAGCGUGGAAGUCACGGCUGAAGAGGCUGAUGAUUUAAAGUUGGUUGUGGAAAACUGCCUGAAACCUACCUGGGAUUGGCUCGUUUGCAUUAUGAACAGCACAGAGGCACAACUCCGUUAUGGUAAAGCUUUGACAGCUGCAACUGACCCCGCCCAUCCAACACACCCCAACCAUGCUCAGUACAUGCGUGGAUUAAGAGGCGCGGCCCGCGAGGCAGCAACAAGAGAGGAGCAAUCCUUCCAGCGCAGCUUGGAGAACCGUCGCAGCAACACAGCAGCUUCUCAUUCUGCCAGUAACAGCGAGGAGCACUCUGCCCUCAUGGACUUUCUCAAUUACACCCUGUCGCUGAUGCGCUCCCACAACAACGAGCACGCCAGCUGGCUGCCUGUCCUAGAUAUCUCAGCUCUGAAGCAUGUCGCUUAUGUCCUGGAUGCCAUGAUAUACUACAUGCGCUGCGCUGAGCAGGACAGCGCAGGAAUGGCAGCAGCUGACCAGGAUCGCAUCCGUCGCUCCUCAUGGAAUCUUGUCUCUCAGGAGUACGAGAUUGAGGAGGCAGCUGAUGAGGAAGGCACUGAUGCCAGUGUGGUGUUGGACACGGAGAGCGUCGAAGAUGAUGGCAGUGUCACUGGCUCCACCUCGGGUCAGCGACAUCCUUUCUUUGUCCGUUCCGACUCCACCACCUUCCUAGGAUGCCAGCCACCAGAUCCCUUCAGCACACCUCUCUCAGAAGCCUUGCCGCUUGCUGACAGACCGCAGCUCCUACAGCCAGAUGCCACCCGGGAGCAGCUCUUUGGAGUCCCACACCAAGUUGUUCCUGGGUCAUCCUCCUCGGAUCCCCCACCCAUUACAUCCCACAGUGCAUCGGUGACCGUUGAGCGACAAUUCCUUGAGGUCAUCCCAAUGAGGAUGAGCGUGUCGCAGCGUAACCCUCAUGCCAGCAGCGAUCUAGACGAUACUGAUGAGGAGUUGGAGGCUGGGGAUGGUUUGCUGCCUCCACAAGAUGGAGAAACCUUAGUUGCUGGAGAACCUCAGCGUAUGUCGGAUGUCACAGCGGAGAAUGAAUCUGGAGCAAGAACAGAAACUUCUAGUGAUCCGUCAGGAGCCAGCUUAGCCAGUCUGUCCACUGUUCUGAUGAGCCAGAGCCAAGGAAUCGGCAGUGAUCCAACCCUCUCCUCCCAGGGAACCUCAUCUAGUGACCCCAGCAACUCAUCUCGUAGCCACCCGCUAGGCUCCAGCGGUGCUUCCCUAGACUCCCAGACCGAGAGGGACCUUCGCAGUGGUGUCAUCAGGGCUGGCUCGUUCACCCACACCCCAUUCUUCCCGGACAUCCUAGGAGGAUCGCUGUCAACUCCCCCAAGAGUUGGUGCCCCAUCAUCAUCGGACAACCGGGAGCUGCUUAACGCGAUUGCCACCAUAUCCCCUCAGGAGGUGUCAGUCAUCCGGACAACUGGACUAGCGCAGAGGCCGCCUUCUUACGAGGAGGUCACCCAGGGAGGGAGGCUUGUUGAUGACCUAGCCGGUUCGAGCCAGGGUCCAAGACCUCAAGAGAUGAUUCCCCUAGCAGACCCUGCCCAGCUACUAGCUGGACAAUCAGGACUCUGCCCCAUCGAUGUAAGACUAGAUGCCCCGAGUGAGGCUCCACCCACUUUACCGCCGCCAAUGCAGAGCCCGUUGAGGAGGAGCGGGGCCGUCACAUCACAGGACCAGCCGUCCCGCUCUGGCAAUGCUAACGAUGGUGGCAGCAGUGGGAUUGAUGCAGAUGUAGGAUUAGCUAUGGGUCCUGGACUGAGCAACUCAGCUGGGGAAGCUUUGGGAGGGCUGCUCACUGUUGGGCCAGGGAAACCCACUGACAGGUUUAAGAGUGCUCUCAGCCCAAUGGUCUCAGCCGACAACCUUCUUGGAAGAUGGCGUCUUUGCCUAGAGCUCUUUGGCCGGGUCUUCCUGGAGGAUGUAGGGGCCGAGCCUUACUCAGUGCUUGGGGAGUUACGCCCCUUUGAGGUCAAAGAGCUACGCUUCCGUCGUGAGAUGGAGAAACUACGCAACAACAGGAAUGGGGAUCUGACAUUGGAAGUGGAGCGCAAACGAGAGCUCUUGAUGCAGCAGACCAUCCGCCAGCUCAACUCCUUCUACAACCGCCGCAGCAGCGCCUCCACAGGUCCCCCCAUGGCUGUCCAGCGAGUCAAGGUGACCUUCAAGGACGAGCCCGGAGAAGGCAGCGGGGUGGCCCGGAGCUUCUACACCGCCAUUGCUGAGGCGUUCAUGUCGGGAGAGAAGCUACCCAGCUUGGACGAGUCUCAGGGGAGCUACAAGGGACCUCAGUAUAGGCUAAUACAGCGGCUUCGAAGUCAGGAACGGGAGCGCGAGCGCCGUCGUCAGUCAGACUACCGCAGCGGUCGCAUGAUCCAAAUGUUUGAUCGCGAGCGUAAUCAGCUCUCCUACGACGCGAGACCGUUCUACCCGCGGGAUGGAGGCAGUGCAGAGGAUCGGGCCGGGGACUACGAGCCCCUGACUCCUGCCAAGCAAGCCCUGGGAGAGAGGUUGUUUCCAAGAGUCCUAGCUCUGCAACCAUCAUUGGCUAGUAAGAUCACGGGCAUGUUGCUAGAGUUGCCACCAGCCAGGUUGCUGUUAUUACUAUCCAGCGAGGAGACACUGAGGGAGCGAGUGGACGAAGCCGUGGACAUCAUUCUCAGCCACGGAAGGGAGGAAAGUUCCGAGAGCAGCCUGUUAGAUCUAGACAUCUUCAGUCUCUCGGACCGCAGCGGUUCAGGACCCUCUUCUGGACCAGCCCACCAAGACAAACCCAAGCCUGGAUUGGGCGGGGAAGGACCACGCCCGGACGAAUCCGAGGAAGGGGAGGAAGGAGCAGAGCUUGACAACGAGCCGUUGUUUUACCAGCCGGGGAAGAGAGGGUUCUAUUCCCCCCGGCCGGGAAAGAACAGCACGGAGCGUCUCAACUGCUUCAGGAAUGUUGGAAGGAUUCUAGGACUGUGCCUCCUGCAGAAUGAACUUUGCCCUUUGACCUUGAGUCGACACGUUGUCAAGGUGCUGCUUGGGAGAAAGGUUGGCUGGCACGAUCUAGCCUUCCUUGACCCAGCCCUCUAUGAGAGCCUGCGACACCUGCUCCUGGACGCCCAGCGGGACGGAGCCGAAGGCCUCAUCAACUCCUUGGAUCUUUACUUCAGCAUCGAGCUGUGCAAGGAGGAAGGCGGCGGGGCCAGCAGUAAUGGGGGGCAGGUGGAGCUGAUCCCCCACGGCUUGGAGACCCGUGUCACGGUGGCGAAUGUGUAUGACUACGUGCGACGCUACGCUGAGUAUCGGAUGACGGUGGUUGCGCAGAAGGCCUAUGCGUCCAUGAAGCAAGGCCUGUACGACGUCCUACCCAAGGGAGCCUUAGAGGGUCUGACCGCUGAGGACUUCCGUCUGUUGGUCAACGGCUGCGGUCAAGUCAAUGUGCAGACUCUCAUCAGCUACACAACGUUCAAUGAUGAAACUGGAGAGACCCACGCAGGCGAGGGCGGGGAGAAACUGAGCCGCUUCAAACUCUGGUUCUGGGCCAUCGUGGAGAAGAUGAGCAACCAGCAACGACAAGAUCUGGUCUACUUCUGGACGUCCAGCCCCAACCUCCCGGCCAGCGAGGAAGGGUUCCAACCCAUGCCGACCAUCACCGUCCGACCGCCGGACGAUAACCACCUACCCACGGCCAACACCUGCAUCUCGCGCCUCUACAUCCCUCUGUACAGCUCCAAGGCCAUCCUGAAGAAGAAACUACUCAUGGCUAUCAAGACCAAAGCAUUCGGCUUCGUAUAGCGGACUCCGGCGACCAGAAUUAGAAGCCGUUACUGCGGUGGUGCCACACUCACACGCAUGCUGCACGCGUUCUUCAAGAAAAGGCGCGUACGUAUUUUGGUAACUCGAUUGGUCGGAGGAGUCCGCAGUGUGUGUGUGUGAACCACCUGAGCGCGACUCGCGUGAGCUUAAUGCCACCUCAGAAAGUGGCUGCCGCCGGAUUAGUCUAUAAAUUCUAGUUGUAGUAACAUUUAACCAAAGUAGUCGUCCGGGAAGUAUUUAGAGAAUUUUUGUCCUGGACAGAUUUUUUAAAAGAGGGAUGGUUCUCACAUUUGCGUCACUUGACAGUGUACCCUUCCCUUCUAAUGUGCACAGCACUGUCUAUUAAGACUCGCACAGGAAUUUACCAUAAUACAGAUUCAAUGCUUUUGUCUAGUGCUUAUUAUUUGGGUGAAUUUUGACAUGUGAUUGAGUUUGCAUUGAGUAAAAAAAAAAUUAUUGAAGAAUUUUCUGUAUUUUAACUUUCACGUCUAGGCUAUCGACACAAUUUCUGUUUUUAUUGUUUAAGUUAUUUAUGUUUAGGAUAAUUUGUUUCAUGAAUUUAAAGAAUUGAAAAAUAUACACAGCACCGAAUGUUCAGAGAGAGAGAGACUCCUUUAUGGAAAAGGAGGAAGAAUGAAGGAAAUAAAAGUAACGAGUAUUCAUGGUAUUCCGUAGUAGAAAGAAGCGUUAAAUACAAAAGCUUCACAUAAAUAAUGAUUACAUGUAAAUUCAACACCUAGUGGUGGAAUUGAAAUCCAGAUUUUUCAAAAUUUGGUUUGAAUUCCUCUAUUCAGUUAGAAUUUUAGAAAAAGGAUAUUCAAAACCAACCUUAAAUAAGUACCAAGUGGUACAACCCAUGGCAGCCGGGUAGCAGUGAGGCCGGGUAACGUGUGAGGAGGGCUAUACGGCACCGUCCGUGCACCCAGGCAGUACCGGUACCUCGAGAGUACAGAAAAGGAAUGGGGCGUGAUAAAAGUCUGCAAAUUAGACGCAUACAGUGUUUGCAAAACCGGUCUUCGAAUGCAAAGCUGUAAUACUUGAGUUGUAUGGAUACAAUAUAUGGCCGAGUAAGUGUUAACCAAUCAACCUACCCACCAACCAACAUAAGCAGCUCAAGCCCAUGACGUGUUUCACACCGCUGUGGGGGAAAAAAAUCAGGCCUUUACUUUUUUGUGACACAAGCUAAAGAAAAUAACUUGCAGCAUCCCCGAAGUUGCUCGAUAGUCUCUUGAUUGUAACCACAUUCACUCAGUGGUUUUUUGGUUCGUGAA